AUGAUAUCAAGAAAGAUUAUUUCAACUAUAAAUUCAAAAACAUUUUAUAAUAAAUCAUUAUCAUAUUGUACUGUUAAUAAUAAUAAAAAUACAACAAUAAAUAUAAAUAAUAAUAAUGAAAAACCUAAAAUAAAAACAGGUAUUUUAAUGUUAAAUUUAGGAGGACCAAGUAAAUUAGAAGAAGUUGAACCAUUUUUAACAAGAUUAUUUACAGAUAAAGAGAUAUUUAAAUUACCAUUUCAAAAGUAUACUGGUACAUUAAUUGCAAAGAGAAGAAGUAAUGCAGUUAUGAAGUUAUAUGAAGCCAUUGGUGGCGGAUCACCAAUUAGAAAAUGGACAGAGAAACAAGGUGAAUUGCUCUCAUCGAUGAUGGAUAAGAUAUCACCAGAGACAGCACCCCAUAAACAUUAUAUAGGAUUUCGUUAUUCUGAUCCAUUAAUAGCAGAUACAUUAGACCAAAUGGAGAACGAUAAUGUCGAACGUGUAGUUGCAUUCUCACAAUACCCACAAUACUCUUGCACUACCACCGGGUCAAGUUUAAAUAAUCUUUGGAAAACCUUGGAAGAAAAACAAAUGCAAUCUAAAUUUAAAUGGUCAGUCAUUGACAGAUGGCAAGAUCAUAAAGGUUUCAUUGAUGCAACUAUUCAUAAAAUUAAAAAAGCAUAUAAUCAAUUUAAUAGUAAAUUAAGGGAAUUGGAUAUUGAUGAUGUUGAUGCUAAUAAUAAUAAUAAUAAUAAUAAGCCAGUACUAGUAUUUUCAGCACACUCAUUACCAAUGUCGACUGUUGAAAAAGGUGAUCCAUAUCCACAGGAAGUCGCAGAGACAGUUUGUAGAGUUAUGGAUGGUUUGGGCAUUAGGGAUGAAGAGACUGGUAAACCAUUGGAAUAUAUUUUAGCAUGGCAAAGUAAAGUUGGACCCUUGCCUUGGUUAUCACCAAAAACAAGUUUUGUAAUUGAACAAUUGGCAAAGAAAGGUCGUAAUGCAAUUGUGAUCCCAAUUGCAUUCACUUCUGAUCAUAUUGAAACUUUAUCAGAAAUUGAUAUUGAAUUACAACAUCUCGCUAAAAAAUGUGGUAUGAAAUUAUUAGUACGUUCUGAAUCUUUAAAUGAUGAUCCUUUAAUUAUCUCUGCUAUGGCUGAUUUAGUUAAUACUCAUUUAAAAUCAAAUAAAACAAUUCAUUCUAAUCAAUAUCAUUUAAAAUGUCCUGGUUGUAAAGAUGAUUCAACUUUUUGUAGAACAAUUUCAAAUCCAAUUCAAGCUCUUAAACUUUAA